AUGCCUUCUUUCUCUUCUGUUUCGCUUCAUCAGGAGGAGUUUCUGUCUCUUUGUGCCGAUAAACUGACUGAGAUCAUUUCCAGUGACCAUCUGAACGUGCCAAAAGAGGAGACGGUGUUUGAGGCGGCUGUUGUCUGGCUGGAGAAGAACUCCUCACGCAGACAGAGCUUCGAGAAGGUUCUAGAGCACAUCAGGCUGCCCCUCAUCAGUCCGUACUACAUUCACGACGUCAUCGAGACUCUGGACGUUGUGAAGGAAUCGAUCAAGUGCCAGAAGCUGAUCUCUGAAGCCAAGGACUAUUUACUGCUGCAGGACCGCAGAGGAGAGCUGUACGGCCCCCGAGCUCGACCUCGACGCGCAACAGGCACGGCUGAGGUGAUUGUGACUGUCGGAGGCGAGGAUGAUAAGGUUGUGCUGCGCAGCGUGGAGAGUUUCGAUCCCCUCACCAGCCAGUGGAAGAGUCUGGCCUGCCUGCCCUUCGCUGUCAGCAAACACGGCUUAGUCGUGUCUGGCUCCAUGCUGUAUUUGGCUGGCGGUGAGUUUCCAGACGGCUCGGCCAGUCGAGAGAUGUGGCGCUACGACCCGUGCUUUGACUCCUGGUCAGAGAUGGCACCCAUGAACGUGGCGAGAUCAGAACUGGGAUUGGUGAUGUUGGAUGGAUAUGUGUUUGCUGUGGGCGGCUGGGAAGGCCGCUCUCGUCUGGACUCUGUUGAGUGUUAUAAUCCACAGACAAACACAUGGCAGUUCAUGGAAUCGGUCAAGAUGGCGGUCACUAGUCCAGCUGUGGUGGCGCUGGAUGGAUUACUCUAUGUGACAGGAGGUGCUGUUUUAGAAGAUGGCGACGGCACAAACUUGGCACAAGCGUACAACCCUAAAACAUGCGUGUGGACAGAGGUGGCGCCCAUGCAGAUCGCCCGCUCUGGAUCUGCUGCCUGCAUCCUGAAGGGCAAAAUAUACGUCAUAGGCGGCUGGCACGCUUCCACCGAGAACACGGAUAAGGUGGAGUGCUACGACCCCAAGACCAACAAGUGGACCAUGUGUGCUCCCAUGAAGGAGAGACGCUAUCGACCCGGCGUGGCGGUGGUGGACGGAAAGAUUUACGUUUUAGGAGGAGAGGAGGGAUGGGACAGGUAUCAUGACACUAUAGAGCGAUACUGUGAAGAAUCGGACAGCUGGGAGAUCAUCGGAGAAAUGCCCACCAGCCGCAGCUGGCUGAGCUGUGUCUCGCUGCAGCUCAGGAAGGACACUCACGUGGGCAGCCAUCCUGGCACUGCAACAGAGAUGGAGUUUCCUGUGGACUGAGAGCACUAGGGCUCCACCUGCAUCACUGCCGGCCGGGACGGAAGGCCAGGGGGCAGCUUUCAGAGCGCCCGGCUCCACCACACUUUCGGUGGGGUUUUUAAGAAUGGAAAAAGUCUGACCUAAACGCUGGAGGGUCUUCAGAAAACACUCAUGCUUUCUCCAGUCCGGCCCACUGCCACGGUGUGAGGCUGGAUGGAUUGAUGAUAUCUGUGGUGAUUGUGAGUCUGUGUGUGUGUGUGUGUGUGUGAGCUCGAGUGUGCUGCCAUCCCAGAGUCUCCACAGUAUCAGUUCAAUGUGAUGUUCAAGUGACGUACAGGGUUCCUUCCAUGCGCUGAGCACCUCAUGAUUGUGACCUAUAAACAUACUCCUUUGUUUUCUAACAAAGUGUUGUAGUGAAAUGUUUUGUACUUUUUGUAUAGUGAUUUUUGUUGUUGUAUUUAUGAGAAGUUUUUUGUUGUACUGAGAGAUUUAUGGAGUAAUUAGCACAGAUAAACUGAAACAUGUUAACUGAGUUUCUUUAAAGGGACAGUUCACCCAAAAAUGAAAAGUCUGUCAUCAUUUACGCACUCUCAAGUUGUU